AACAACAUGCUGUCAGCAGUGGGCUACUGUUCCUGUGCCUGCGACCUUUAACAUGUUGUCCAGACUCUCCGCGCUGCGGCUCCGGCUCCGCUCGGGUCCGGUCUGCUUCGCCGCUUCGGGCUCCAGCUUCAGUUCGACGGUGGAACAUGACCGAUUGAGGCAGCGCUUCUCCGUCUCUCCGGGCACCGGGGCCGAGGCCCAUGAAUGUGCAGUUCUGAGCUACAGAUUCACCGGAGAGAAGGAGGUGGAUCUAAUAUCGACCUUUGUACCAGAGACGUUCAGGGGCCAAGGUGUCGCUGCACUGCUGUCACAGGCUGCCAUGGACUUUCUGAUUGAAGAAAACCUUAAGGCUCGUGUCUCCUGUUGGUACAUAAAGAAAUACAUUGAGGAGCACCCGGUGCAGCAGUUUAAAGACCUAGUCAUCCCCUGACAACUGCUGAUGACCAUCACUGCUACCUCAAGUCAACUAUAACCUCCUUUUACAACACUACAGAGGCCAAAUGGAGGCAUUAUAAUUGCAUUAUAAGUAUUUGUUUUUCUCUGGAAUUGUAUGACAUUUCAUAAUCAAUAUCCCUGUUCAGAUCCAUCAAACUGCGGCACAAAAUAAUUUACAUUAUUUUUGAAAAAUCCUAAAUUUGAUAUGAGUGAAGUUAAGAUGAAAGUAGCGGCUUUAUAAUAAUUUUAUUUUUAUGUGUUUUUGAUAAUCUGAAAAUAUCAAAUUGAUUUCUCUUUUUAAUCAUGCAGAUAUAAUGGGUUGAUAUUGAUGAUGUUGGGUUAUUUUUAUAGUAAUAUAAAGUGUUAAUCUGUAUGUAUUUAUGGACAAUACCUAAUCUAUUUAUCAGCGAACAUGAACCUGAUUAUCAACUUGUUAACAAUUGAAAAUAAAAUGAUGAUUUUGACAGCA